AUGAAUGAAGGAAACUGCUCUUCUUUGACUCAAUUCGUUUUUGUGGGAAUUACCAAUAACCCUGCGAUGAAAGUGACCCUAUUUACCGUGUUUCUGCUUGUUUAUUUCAUUAGUCUUCUGGCGAAUCUUGGAAUGAUCACUCUAAUUAGAAUGGACUCCCAGCUGCACACGCCAAUGUACUAUUUCCUCAGCCACCUGUCUUUCUGUGACCUCUGCUAUUCCACAGCCAUUGGGCCCAAGAUGCUGGUGGACAUAUUUUCUGAGAACAAAUCAAUCCCCUUCUCUGGCUGUGCUCUGCAAUUUUUUGUUUUCUGUGUGUUUGCAGAUUCUGAGUGUGUGCUGCUGGGGGUGAUGGCCUUUGAUCGGUACAAAGCCAUCAGCAACCCGUUGCUCUAUGCAGUCAGCAUGUCCAGCAGAGUGUGCUCCGGGCUCAUGGCCGGCGUUUACAUGGUGGGGAUAGCAGAUGCUUUGGUCCUCACAACGUUAACAUUCCGCUUAUGUUUCUGUGGGUCCAAUGAGAUUAACCAUUUCUUCUGUGAUGUACCUCCUCUCUUCCUCCUUUCCUGCUCUGAUACAUGGAUCAAUGAAUUGGUGAUAUUCACCAUUUAUGGCUUCCUUGAACUGAGCUCCAUUUCAGGAGUUCUUGUGUCUUAUUGUUAUAUUAUUCUAUCAGUUUUGAAGAUCCACUCUGCCGAGGGACGGUUCAAAGCUUUCUCCACCUGCACCUCCCACUUAACUGCUGUGGCCAUUUUCCAGGGAACUCUUCUCUUCACGUAUUUCAGGCCAAGCUCUUCUUACUCUCUAGAUCAAGACAAAAUGACCUCAUUGUUCUACACUCUUGUCAUUCCCAUGUUAAACCCCCUGAUUUAUAGCCUACGGAACAAGGAUGUGAAACAGGCUCUGGAAAAACUGAAAACUAAAAGGUGUUUUUAA